AUGAGCCACCGCCGACUCUUCCAGGCUUUCUUCUCCGUGUUGCUUCUGGCAGCCUCGGCCGUCGCCGCCAGCACGUUAACGCAGUCGAGGCCGAUCGGCGGCGACCAGAAGCUUGUCUCGCCCGGCGACGUCUUCCAGCUCGGUCUCUUCUGCACCGCCAACAACACCAAGUGGUUUCUCGGCAUAUGGUUCACCGUCUCCCCGGCCGCCGUCGUCUGGGUCGCCAACCGCGACCGCCCGCUCAACACAUCGUCAGGCGUCGUUGCGCUCAGCGACAGAGGAAACCUCGUCCUCCUUGACGCCGCCAGCAAUAACGAAACCAUCUGGUCGUCCAACUCCUCCUCCCUGGCCAUCCCUGGUGCGGUCGCGCAGCUCCACGACGACGGCAACCUGGUGCUCGCGGACGCGGCCGGCGCCGUGAUGUGGCAAAGCUUCGAGCACCCGACGAACACGUUCAUCUCCGGGAUGCGAAGCGGGAGGAACCUCAGUACCGGCGCCCUAUGGUCCCUCUCCUCGUGGCGCAGCGCCGACGACCCGUCGGCAGGCGACUUCCGGUAUGUGAUGGACACGCAGGGCUCGCCGGAGCUGCAUGUCUGGAGCAAGGGACGCAAGAAGUACCGGACGGGCCCGUGGAACGGGAUGCGGUUCAGCGGCAUACCGGAGAUGACCAGCUUCGAGGACAUGUUCCAGUUCCGGUUCACCAACACCGCCGACGAGGUCUCCUACGUGUUCCACGACCGCGACGGGUCGGCGGUGUCGCGGGUGGUACUGAAUGAGUCCGGCGUGAUGCAGCGCAUGGUCUGGGACCCCAGAGCACUGGCGUGGAACAGCUUCUGGUCGGGGCCGAGGGACCACUGCGACACCUACGGCCUUUGCGGCGCGUUCGGCGUCUGCGACAUGGGGGAAGCCGUGGUGUGCGGCUGCAUCAGAGGCUUCACUCCGGGGUCGCUCGCGGAGUGGCGCAUGCGGAACGCCACCGGCGGGUGCGCCAGGAGCACGCCUCUGCAGUGCGCCGGCGGGGACGGGUUCUACGUCCUGCGCGGCGUGAAGCUGCCGGAGACGCACGGCAGCACCGUGGACCGCGGCGCCACGCUCGCCGAGUGCGGCCGGAGGUGUCUCUCCGACUGCAACUGCACGGCGUACGCCGCGUCGGACAUCCGAGGCGGGACUGGGUGCAUACAGUGGUUCGGCGAGCUCAUGGACACGCGCUACGUCGACGACGGCCAGGAUCUCUUCGUCAGGCUCGCAAAGUCUGACCUAGAGCCAACCAAGACCAAGAAGUUCGUCGCAGUCAUCACAGCGCUGAUAAUAGGGUUUGCGUUGCUGCUUCUAUUGCUUGGUUUCAUGAUUUGGAGAAAGGCUCGGCGCAGUAAGGAAGUCACCAUGUUUGACGAGAUCAUGAGAGGUGAAUGCCCGACAUACGAUUUUGGAAUCAUUAGAGCGGCCACCGAUGGAUUCUGUCCCAAGAACGUGAUCGGGCGUGGUGGCUUCGGCAUUGUCUACAAGGGUAAAAUGCCAGAUGGACAGGAAGUCGCAGUGAAGAAGCUGUCAGCGGAGAACAGAGUGCAAGGCCAGAAGGAGUUCAAGAACGAGGUGGACCUGAUCGCGAAGCUGCAGCACCGCAACCUUGUGCGCCUGCUCGGCUGCUGCAUCCACGGCUCCGAGAGGAUACUAGUCUACGAGUACAUGAGCAACAGGAGUUUGGACGCCUUCAUCUUCGAUUCAAGGAGGCGCGCGUCGUUGAGCUGGAAGACGAGGAUGGACGUCAUCCUCGGCGUCGCGAGAGGGCUCGUCUACCUUCACCAGGACUCGAGGCAGACCAUGAUCCACCGAGAUGUGAAGGCGGCCAACGUCCUCCUUGACCACGAGAUGGUGGCCAAGAUAUCGGAUUUCGGCAUCGCCAGGCCCUUCAGCAGCACCGGCGGCGACCGUGAGGACUCGACCGUCACCACGGACAGGAUUGUUGGGACAGUUGGUUACAUGUCGCCGGAGUACGCCAUGGACGGCAUGGUAUCGUUCAUGCAGGAUGUGUACAGCUUCGGUGUGCUGCUAUUGGAGAUCGUCAGUGGCAGGAGGAACCAGCGAAGCUUCAACCUCAUAGCUCAUGCAUGGAAGCUAUUUGAAGAAAACAAGAACCUCGAGCUCCUCGACUCAACCGUCCGCGACGGCUGCUCCCCGGCAGAGCUAGAGCAGGCUGUGACGUGCAUCCAGGUAGGGCUACUGUGCGUUCAGGAGAGCCCGAGCCGACGACCGCAAAUGGCCGCUGUGAUACCCAUGCUGUCGCACCAACAGGCGCUGGUGCGACCACUUCGGCCGGUGGUCUGCCUGCCGAUAACUGCUCCGGCGGGCCUUCUCGAUGUGCAGGAAGUAACCUCAGGCAGCGGCGGGCUGACCAUCACGAGCCUGGAAGGCAGGUAGCAUGGACGGAAGGAUACAGGCAAAAGCUCGAAGCGUAGAUUCCAGACGUUACUAACAACUGUUCUGAAUGUAAUUGGGUAGAACAUGUGCAUUGUAGCGACCCGCAUAUACCAGUGUAUGUCCUUUACUCGAUGAAUGAAAGCUUCAAUCUA